UCCAGAACAUAUUUUGCUGCAUAGACACUACAAAGUCUGCCAUGAAGAAAUCCAGCAAUACUGAGUUCAAAAAGGAGGCAGAAAAUUAUCUGUGCAGCCAGUAUGAACAGAAGAUCCGUCCCUGUAUUGACCUCAUUGAUUCACUGAGAGCCCUUGGUGUGGAAAAGGACUUGGCAUUGCCAGCAAUUGCUGUGAUUGGAGAUCAGAGCUCUGGAAAAAGUUCAGUUCUAGAGGCCUUGUCUGGAGUUGCCCUUCCUAGAGGCAGUGGGAUUGUUACCAGAUGCCCCUUGGAGCUCAAGAUGAAAAAAAAUAAUAAACAAGAAUGGAAGGGGAAAAUUAUGUAUCUGGAAACAGAGGUGAAACUGGAAGAUCCAUCAGAGGUGGAAGCUGCAGUUAGGAGAGCCCAGAAUGCAAUAGCUGGUGAAGGACUGGAUAUUAGCCCCAAAUUAAUUACCCUGGAAAUUAGUUCUCCAGAUGUUCCAGAUCUCACGUUAAUUGAUCUUCCAGGAAUUACAAGAGUGGCAGUAGGCACUCAACCACAAGACAUUGGCAAUCAGAUCAUGAAAUUAAUUAAGAGUUAUAUUACCAAACAAGAAACCAUCAAUUUGGUUGUGAUUCCAAGUAAUGUUGAUAUUGCUACUACAGAGGCAUUGAAAAUGGCUCAAACAGUAGAUCCCGAAGGAGAGAGAACACUUGGUAUUCUAACCAAGCCUGAUUUGAUUGAUGAAGGAACUGAGGACGAGACCAUUGAUAUUGUCCGGAAUCAAAGAGUGCCUCUGAAAAAGGGAUACAUGAUUGUUAAAUGUCGUGGGCAGAGUGACCUCACUAAUAAACUGAGCUUGGAAGAUGCAAUCAAGAAAGAGAGAGAAUUUUUUGAAGAGCACAAGUUUUUCAGCCGUCUUUUGGAAGAAGGCAGAGCUACCAUCCCAUUUCUGGCAGAAAGACUUACACAAGAGCUCACUAAACACAUUCAGAAAACACUGCCAACUUUAGAACAGCAAAUAGUAACCAGCCUUGAUGAAACUUAUCAAAAACUUAAGAAGUAUGGUGAAAGUGUUCCUGAAUCCUUGGAGGAAAAGAAGUAUUUUUUUGUAGAAAAAAUCAACGCUUUUAAUGAAGACCUCUUAAAAAUUGUACAUGGAGAGGAGGAUGUAAAACAUUUAACCAACAGAACAAUUACAGAUAUUCGAAAGACAUUUAAUGAAUGGCAAGAUACAAUUAAUGAAAAUAAUGAAGUAAAUCAUUUUAAGCACAGAAGAACUGGGAAUAUUGAAUAUAUCCGUGGCAGAGAACUUCCAGGGUUUGUCAAUUACAAAACCUUUGAGAUCGCUGUAAGAAAGCAAAUUCGUCAACUAGAAUGUCCAGCAAAUGCAGUGUUGAAGGAAGUUGCAGAACUUGUGCGGAAUGCAUUUUGGGAACUUGCUAUCCAACACUUCAGUAGUUUCUAUGCUCUCUGCAGAUCUGCUCAGGGCAAAAUUGAGGAAUUAAAGAGCACACAAGAAGAGAAAGCAGAAAGUAUGAUACGCACUCAAUUUGAACUGGAAGAUAUAGUAUACUGCCAGGACACUAUUUAUUGUGAAGAUUUUGGAACUGUAAGAGCGACAAAAAUCUCUCUUAAUGAAAAUGAUUCUGAUGAAAAUGAUUCUGAUGAAAAUGAUACUUCAGAUAAGUGCUCAGUGGAGGAAAUGCUUUACCAUGUGGCUGCCUACUUUAAAAGUGUAAAAGUCCGGCUUGGUACUCAGAUUCCUUUGAUCAUACAGUUAUACAUGUUCAAGGAUUUUGCUGAGAGGUUACGGAAAGCAAUGUUGCAGCUUUUGCAAAGCGGAGAUCAGUUGGAAGAUCUCUUUCAUGAGGAAGAGGAUACUGUCAACAUAAGGAAUUCUUUAAAAGAAAGGAUUGAACGACUUCAUAAAGCUCAAAAACUGUUGAAAAAGUUCUAAUAUUUGUAUAUAAAUAUUUCUAUAUAAAAAGUUCUGGUAGCAGCUCUGUUUCGGUUAGAUAGGUGAAUUAAGGGUAUUUGUAACUUAUGUUUAACAUUUGUAAUAUUAUUCAGUGAUGUUGCUGAGCUUCAAUAGCGCAUUUAGAACCACAAUUGGCAAAGAAAACUGAACAUAAUUGGAAUUUGUAUUUGCCUAUAUUACAUCCACAUUAUAAAUCACUGUUAGUUACUAUGGACCUUUCCAUGCUAUUGAGUCAAUAUGCUAUCUGUCCAUGUGCUACAACUAUAUUAGCAUAAUGUCUGCUGUCCCCAAUGCAUUAUGUUCAAAACAGCAGAAAUAACCUUCUUCUCCCAGUUCCAAGGUUGUAAGAGGAAUAAAUCUAUCUUCAGCACACUUCCAUCAUUUUUACACUCCUUUUUGUGUGUAGUCUAUAUACAUUGUAUUGUAACCCAAGCUGAAGAAAGGUUAAAAGAUAGAAAGAGAACCAAAUCAUAAACUAUUUAGGGUUUCUCAUCCUUUUUCAUUAUAUAUGCAACAAAUAUUGAUAAGCUCCUUCAUGUAAAUGAGAGGUGA